AUGGAGACCGAAGCUUUAAAACGUUUGCAUUCGCACUUGGUCGCCCAAAGGUCUGAUUACACUGCUGGUGUUCAGUCACAGAAUGGGACUUUGGAUGAAACCACAAGUCAGGAUAUAAUCUACUGCGAUGUGGUAUCAACACAUGGUGCCUCUGUGACUGUAGUCAAUCAAGGCAAAACCCAUUUCGAGGGCACGUCUUCUUUGUGGUCAUUCUUCACCUCCGUGCAACAAGUUUUCGCUGGUGAUGUAGACGAAGAAAAUGAGAACAGAGAUGCGGACUGUCGAGACAUCAGUCUGCACCAGAUCUCCGACCUAAGCUUCGGAACCGACUGGAGAACUUCGGUCAAUGCGGCUCUCCCGCCCCAGGAAGUUGUGGAUUAUUUGACUGCAUCAUUUUUCGAGCACGGCCAGGCAAAUUAUUUCUGCGUCCACCCGGAGAUAUUCUCUCGCAAACUCACGGCCUUUUAUGACGGCACGCACGAGUUUGAGGCAAGAGACUCUCGGAACUCCCGGCAAUCGGUUGAAUUCAUUUCCAUCAUGUUCAUGGUUCUCGCCAUCGGUAGCCAAUUUGCGGACACUGGCAUUACCCCAAGUCUCGAGACGUCUACUGAAUCAAAUCGACUGCUAGUAGAAGAAGGACUGCAUUCACUGCAAGAUAUUUCCCGCAUCAAAGUUCCCGUCCCAGCUCCAAACCUUGGCUGGCGCUUCUACGAGGCUUCACGUAAGCUCCUUCCGGAUAUUAUCUGCUCGUCGUCAAUGGCCAGCGUUCAGGUUUGCGCUCUUCAGGGCAUCUAUUUGCCGAGCACGGGCAGUCGUGAUGCAAGUUACAACGUUCUGGGGUUGGCUUUACGGAUGGCCAUCAACAUGGGCCUUCACACGAGCUUUGCAGCUGCCUCGCUACAUGCGCAUGUUCGUGAGUUACGGAACAGAUUAUGGUGGACGGUUUAUGUUGCAGAAAGGCUAUAUAGCGUCGAGAUGGGACGACCGCUGUCCUUGAGCGACACCGAGAUUGACGCUCCGUAUCCGGUGGAGACUCUUGGAUGGAACCACUGUGACGGUCUGAUUGCAAUGGCCCAGAUCUGCCACUUGCUCGGUAGGAUCGUCGGGGCUGUCUACGACAGAACAGCCGCAGAGAAGGGAACGAUCAUACGGCCCAAGGUCAUUCACCAACUCAAACGCGAUUUGGACCAAUGGAGGCGAGACCUUCCGAAGCAUGUCCGUCUCGAGAGCUUUACAACAAGAUCUGAGGCCCAUCUAGCUUUGACGUUUGAGCAAGCUACCAUAUUGCUGACACGAUCAUGCCUCAACUACAACGCAGCCACGAGGAAAUCCGAUAAGCCUCUGGCCCCGAAUGCGACCAAGUUCCUAGAGCAGCAAGCUCAGCAAUGCGUUGACUCAGCCGUCGCGUGUAUCAGAAUCAUGUCCAAGCUGAAGUCACUGUCUCUUUUGUGCGCUCCGUCUUUCCACGAUUCGCUCCACUGCAGCUCAGCCCUUCACGUGCUUUUGCUUGCCAGGGUUAGAUUGGCGGGUAUCAUCGCUGCGCCGAUGAGAAUCAUUUCUCAGGGUAUACUUAUUCUCGCGGAACUGGCCAUGGGGAGCGAAGCCGCAGCUUCGAGCCUGAGAGGAAUCGUUCGUGCUAUGGCGAACGUUUCCACAAAUACAGACCGACAGCAUCACGAACAAAGUCACGCGUCUCUGUCAUUACGGAGAGAUCAGACACAACGGCAAGGAAGGAAUGCUUGGAGAAAUUGGAUCACCUCUCAAUCUAUGUCUCAGUCGCAUACAAGCUUCAUCGUUGAUACUCAUUUGGAUGUGAACUUCGACCGCAAUCAACAUUACGAUGUGCGCCAAGAAGGUAGCGCAUUAGCGAUUGGAUCACCGUUGGACUUCUCUUCUAGCUACAGUCAAGAAGGAGCACAGCCAGGGGAUGGAACAAGCAUAGCCUCUGAUCUGUCUGAUAUCACGUAUCCCUGGGUAGCGGACCACCUUGAGUUUGACGUUCUGAGCAGAGAUCUUGGAGGUGUUCCGGAAUUUGAUCUACUAUGCUGA